AUCUCAUUUCUAUCGUGCAAGCACUCUCUAAAUCAAGCGCUUUAGCUUGGCACUUUAGUAUAUAAAUCAAGUGCCUUUAGUAGUUUUAAUAAUUUAUAUUCAUUACAAAUCUGGAUGAGUACUUAAUAACAUGGUGAACACGGGAGAUGUUUAUAUUGUAUCCGCUGCGCGCACAGCCAUUGGUAGCUUCAAUGGAUCACUUUCUAAAUUGAAAGCUUCCGAGCUUGGUAGUAUAGUUAUUAAAGAAGUAUUGAAGCGAAGCAAAGUAAAAAAUAGUGAUGUGGACGAAGUUAUUAUUGGUCAAAGCCUUACAGCUGGUCAGGGCCAAAACCCCGCAAGGCAAGCGGCGCUGCAAGCAGGACUUCCCAUUACUGUUCCCGCAUACAAUAUAAAUAUGCUUUGUGGUUCUGGUUUGAAAACUGUGGCCUUAGGUUACCAAUCUAUACGCGCUGGAGAUUCUAAAAUUGUAAUUUGUGGCGGCCAAGAGAGCAUGUCUAUGGCACCACACGUUAUUCAUUUACGAAAUGGUAUCAAAAUGGGUGCUGGUACAAUGUUAGAUACAAUGUUACAUGAUGGUCUAACCGAUGCUAUGCAUAACAUUCAUAUGGGUGUUACAGCCGAAAACUUAGUAAAACAGUAUAGUCUUACGCGGAGUGAACAAGAUGAAUAUGCAGUUCGUUCACAAAACUUAGCUGAAAAUGCUCAGAAAAAUGGUUUCUUCGAAAAGGAAAUAGUACCUGUUGAAAUGAAAACGCGUACUGGAACACAAAUUUUUGAUAAGGAUGAGUAUAUCAAAACUGGUACCACAAUGGAAUUAUUGAAAAAAUUAAAGCCUGUUUUUAUUGAUAAUGGAUCCGUCACAGCCGGAAAUGCAUCUGGCAUAAAUGAUGCUGCAGCGUUAGUGUUGUUAAUGUCCGGUGCUGAGGUAGAGGAACGAUCUAUUAAACCUAUGGCUAAAAUUGUUGCGUGGGCGCAAUCUGGAGUAGAACCUGAUGUAAUGGGUAUUGGACCCGUAACAGCGGUAGAAGCAGUGCUACUUAAGGCUGGAUGGUCAAAGGAAGAAGUAGAUCUAUUUGAAUUAAAUGAAGCAUUUGCCGGUCAAUCGAUUGCAGUAUUAAAGGGUCUAAACAUAAACUCCGACAAAGUCAAUGUUAACGGCGGCGCAAUCGCACUGGGCCAUCCGAUAGGUGCAUCUGGUUGUAGAAUUCUAGUCACGCUAUUGUAUGCCCUAGAAAGAUUAAACGUAAAAAAAGGUGUAGCUUCAUUGUGCAUUGGCGGCGGCAUGGGUAUCGCUAUGGCUAUUGAACGUGUUUAGAGUAAAUCUUAUAAUUUACAACCCACAAACAUACAUACAAUCGUAUUCAUAUCUACAAAGUACUACUAUAUAAACAUACAUACAUACAUUUGUAUGCACAUAUGUAUGUACAAUUAUGUCAAAAUAUUUUCAAAUGCAAAUGUCGACUGCAACAACAGUCGGUGUUAAGUGUCAAAUGUUACCAAACUUGUUUGUAAAGUUAUUUCUAAAAAAUCACUGAAUAAUAAAGAGAAAGCAUACAUAAGCACAUACUUACUUACAUCAUGUGCACACAUGCAUGUAUGAAGAUAUAUGCAACCAUA